AUGCUUUCACUUUUGGGCCUUUUGGCCAUGCUCAGUCUUCCAAUUAAACUACUCUUUGUGAUCAUCAAGUAUCCGUUCUUUGGGGGAGCCAACGAGAAAUUUAAAAACAGCUUAGGCAAAUCGUUGAAAUUGGAAUUUCUCCGUCUAGGAAUAGCCCUAUCAGUUAAAGAUGCCUUGUACGUUGGAAUCAUGAGUAAUUUUUUCAUCAUUAAUCGAUUUUUAAAAUUUUUGUACCCUGGAUUAACUAAGUUGAACAACUAUGGAAAGAGAUAUGAUAAGCAAAGUAUUUGGCUCGUUGAAGCUAAAAACAGGUCCAAAUCUGAUCCAAUCAUCAUCUAUUGUCAUGGAGGUGGAUAUUUCUUGGAAACACACCCGUCUCAACUCGAAACAGUAUUGGGGUUGUACCAUUUACUUGAAGACGAAAAGAAACAGAAAACUUCGAUAUUGAUACUUGAAUAUGGUUUAGUGGGUAGAGGAAAUCUCGUGGGCUCACAAUUAUACGAAUUGGUUGCCACCUAUGACAAAUUGGCUUCAGAAGGUAAUGACAAUAUUGUAUUGAUGGGAGAUUCAGCAGGAGGAAAUUUGUCCAUUGUCUUGUUACAGUAUCUCAGGCAACAAAAGAAUCCAAAAUUGCCGUGGCCAAGAUCAACGGUUUUGAUUAGUCCAUGGGUGAAGGUUAUCCCCGAUGAUUAUCAACUAACUCCCGGCCAUUCAUUUCAUGAAAAUAAGGAUCGUGAUUUGCUUCAAGCUCGGAUUUUCACUGAAGACCGUCGUGUUGACUUGCUUGGAGAUAUCAACCAUGCUGACCUUUUAAUAUCACCAGGAAAUCUUGAAUACAAUGCAAGUGACUGGAGUGAUAUCCCCACUUUGAAUGACGGAGGUUACUCGUCAUUUAUCAUUCUCGGAGAACAUGAAGUCUUUCGAGAUGAUAUACUAGAGUGGGCCAAAUAUGCAGUUCGGUCACCUUUGGUGUCACAGCCUGAUUCAAAUGGGGUAUUUGAUACCAAAGUGCAUGAGUACAAGACAAAUGAUGAGAAUGAUGCCUAUCUUGAUAUUGUUGUCGAACCUUGGGGCAUUCACGAUUCCGUUUUGUGUUUUGAAAACACCAUUACUGGCGAAUUAUCCAAGAAUCUGCAAUUGAAGGUAAAUGAUUUGAAUAAAGCGGAAUAUUUUGGUGUUAUCAAGAUAGUGGAGUUCUUGAAUAAGACGUUAGUUGUUUGUAAAGACGAGGAAAAACUGCGACCCUCUGGCUAUGCAAAGAGGUCGCGAGUAGAAGGAGUAUCCGCUGGUUAG